AUGAUGCAGGUGGAAACAUUAUACAACCAAAAUGGAGUUGAUACAGAAGAAGAAAUCUACCGUGUCACAUACUACGGCAAAGGAAGAAUGCCGGGGUUUGGUAAAGAAUGCAUGCCUCGAGGGCAGUGUACGUUUGGAGCUCGUUUGGAAGAUGAAGAUAUCAAGAUAUUGGCUGAGUUUGUCAAGUUACAAGCUGAUAAAGGGUGGCCAAGUGUAGAAACGGAAGAAAAAUGA